UGGAGGCGAGUGGCCAGGUAGCAGUGGCAGGUGCGGGUGGGUGGAUAGCGAAGCACAGCCACAGCAGCCCCUCACGGUGAAUACUCCAACUAUAGCCCAGCGCCACCUCUCCCACGGCGCCCCUGAGCCUUGUGAUGCCAGUGGUCAGAUCCACCUCUCCUGUCACUGCCCACAUCUGCAUUUCCAUCCUCAAAGUCAGGUGUGAGGGAUGAUCCGUGCUUACAUCCCACGUUAUCGCCAAGUGGAGGGUGAGGCUGGUCGCAGCCACUACGUGUACCUCCUGGAGGUUUGCUACGUGGGUCGUGUUCACAAGCUGGAAAAACGCUACUCUGCAUUUCACAGCUUGUACAAAGAGCUGCGCAAGCUGUAUCCAACAGCAGAGUUUCCACCCAAACGUUUGCGCAACACUACAGCCAAGGUAUUGGAAGCACGACGUGCAGGCCUUGAACAGUGGCUGCACUUUGCACUUACCCUGCAGCCUUCACCACCAGCACUCCUAGCCUUUCUCCAAGUCCAUAAUUAUCAGCCACCCCUGCCAGAGUGUGAGGACAGUGGCUACGAGAGCAGUCCUGAGCACCAGCCUGUCUUGGUGUACUCAAGGGAUCCUUACCUGCCGGGCCAUUCACCUCGCACGUCCACGUCCCGCACCCUGCCCAGCACAGUUACUAAGGGCGUCCUCACCGCUCUUUAUGAUCAAAACUUUCGCAUGCCAGUUUGAGUUAAAAGGAAAUAGGAUUGAUCUAUAAUUGUGUCUUCUUACUGAUUUCUCAUCAACACACUGUUUUGUUGCCUCACUGUAGGUGACAGAAGACUGGAAGCAUCCUGCAGUAGUCUUUGCAAUUGUAGAUUCAUUGGCAGCACAAUGGAGACAACUCAGCGGUUAAGGAUCUGGCAGGGAGUAAUGUUUGUGAUUCUUUGGUCUACUUAUGGCUCCACCUACUUACUAAGAAAGCCCCUUGGAGUAGUUAAAGCUGAUCUCCAAAAGGCAUUAGAGGUCAGUGCACUCGGCUUGGGAUGGUUGGAUGCAGCCCUUCUGCUCCCUUAUGCUGGGGUGUCUCUUAUGUUUGGGUCUGUUGGUGAUCAACUGGGACCUCGAGUCACUCUAGGGGGUGGUCUCGUCAUUGCCUCAGUUGCAACAG